CGGGUUGUUUUUCAAGUCCGCGGAUUGAAGCGACCCCAAAUAACAUGAUAUUUAGCACAUGGAAUGCGAAUUUUACCAGGGGUACCCGGCAAAAAACGCGGAUUUUAGCCCCGGGACACUGGGUAAAAACUUGGUUGUAAAAAAAACCUGGCAACGCUUACAAUAUGCCCGGGAGUGAGAUGUUGGUACAACACCUCUUAGCAGUUUUUCUUUCAUUUUCAUCUGUGGGUGAGGUUGUAAGACAGAAACCCGAUGCUGUAAGUCACCGACGACGAGACGAGAAAAACAGAUGUUUUACAUCAUUGCUACAGUGUUCUCUUGUGUAAUGACACAACUAUUGUGACUUGAGUGGCAAAAAGAGAACACUUGGAUACACACCAGUCAGUGGCUGAGCGUAAAGACAACAUGGCAACUCAGGCUUAUGGGCAGGAACCUGGAAAAAAGGAAAAACAUGGCAACAUUCUUCAGCUGCAACAUGAUUGCAAGCAGAGAGAAGACAGUGAGAAAAGAGAAUCGGGAAAAGAACCACCCCAAUGUGAAGACAAGGAUCAGAUCAAAUUGGAAAACAUCGACAAGCUCUUUAGCAGACUCGAACUCAGUCAUGAAAACUCCUACAAACUGUCAAGAGUCUUUCUGCAGGUAACUCCUCCACUACAAAGGCAUGAACCUUGUAAUGAGAAGAAUUUGGUUCAAACAUAUAUACAAGGACUGCUGAUGGCAGAUUACACAGCAAGAUACAUUUCAAUGAAAGAGGAAAAAAGUGAGGUGCUUAAUGCAAAAGGCGCCAUGGUUUCUGAUGUGCAAGGGGGUAAUGCCUUUGAAAACAUUUUCAAGAGGUCUGUGCAUGUUGAUACGGGCAAAAUACAUCCCAUUCACCCAAUGGAUAUUCAGAUGGCAGUGUUUCUCUGUGCCAAUAAUUUCCUUCGUCAGCUCAUGGUAACAAAACUCUCACAAUGUCAGUAUGCUCUUCCUCUGCUUGUGCCUAAUAUAUUUACCAAGGAGAUUGAAUUUCCCCUGUGGACCUUCAGGCAAUUUAAGAAAAGCUGGAAGUCCCACGAAGAAAACAUCAGUAAAAACCAGACAAUCUACAAGGCUGAAACACCUAUGGUUGCCUUUUUUAGAUUUUCAGCAGUUUCUUCAUCCAAAUCAGAAUUAAUGAACAACCUGAUCAAUGAACGGCAUGAAACUUUCUUCCACAGACACUGCCGUGGAAGCAGCAAAUCUCGCCUGCUGAUGGAUGGAGUGGUUGAGAUCGCCUGGUACUGCCCUUCUGGAGAGAAAACUGAUAAAUUCACGGAUUGUGUUGCCUUCUGUAAUCUUCAUGGCGAUGCACAAGCUAAUGACACACAGCUACAAAUUCUGACUGAUAAGUCCUCAAUAAAUGUAGUGCUUUUGCCAAAUCUUGAUAGGAGUGACAAAAGUAUGAAAAUAGUGGAAGAGCUCUACAACAGCACAAAGCCUCUCAUUUGCCUUCUGACUGAAGAUGACUCAGGUGUUUCCAAGAUGAUGGAAGGCAAAUAUACAAUUGGCUUGAAAGAAAGAAAUAGAUCAGAUAUAUCAGAGGAACUUAGAAGAACCAUCAAUGAGUGCCUCUCAAAACCACUGUCAGUUUUCAAACUUGAGAAUAUGGGUGAACAUUCAGGAAUCAAAGUUGAUGAGAAUGACGAUGACUGCAGGAGAGGAAAAGAGGCAGCAGAGAAGAUGAUGAGACUACUUGAGACUAAGGAAAUGUCCAAAAUCAAAGAAACAUUUCUGCCUUGUCAGGGAAAACUGUGGCACGACUGGUGUCUAAAGAACAAAGAACUACAUCGACCUCAAGGGAACAACAUUGAAAUGCAUAACAGCCAAAAACAAACAGAAAUGCACAAAAUCCGUGAGCAGCAGAAAAAAAUUGGCCUCAGUGAAUUCUUAAAAUUGUUUAUUGAAAAACAAAAUUCCAUAAAUGCUGCUGAGAAGAUGUAUUCCCUUAAAUGGCUGGGGAUCCUCCUGGACGAAUAUACUUCAAAAGAUCUCUGCAAGCUUCAUCAAGAGUAUUAUGAAACAUGGUCAAAAGUGCUGGAUUUGAAAAAGGAACAUGAUAAAUCUGCGCAACUGACAGCAGAACAGUCACAACUAGAGAAGCUAUCUGAAAAACUGAAUUUAGCAUCAUUUGGCUUGGAGCACAUAUUAAGAGAGAUUGCCCAGAUAUAUGAAUCACACAUAUCUGUGAGAAAGAAUAAAAGAUCUGAAUGUAAACUAGAUUCUCUCCCACAGUUUGCUGCAGAGCUCAUGAUCUCUGGAUACCCACUGGAGCUGAUGGACGGUGAUGCAUCUCAUGUUCCUCUGAUUUGGGUUCAAGCGGUUCUAGAUGAACUUAUCAAAAUGCUGGGAGACCAGAAAGUCUUUGUGUUGUCAAUUUUGGGUAUUCAGAGCACUGGAAAAUCCACCAUGCUGAAUGCCAUGUUUGGACUGCAGUUUGCGGUCAGCGCUGGGAGGUGUACCAGAGGAGCCUUCAUGCAGCUGGUCAAGGUGUCAGAAGAACUGAAAACCCAGUUAAACUUUGACUACAUUAUUGUUGUCGAUACUGAGGGACUUCAUGCUCUAGAGUUGGCUGGCAGGUCAACAAGACAUCAUGAUAAUGAAAUGGCAACAUUUGUAGUCGGUCUUGGAAGCAUGACUUUGAUCAACAUCUUUGGUGAAAAUCCAGCUGAGAUGCAGGACAUCCUUCAGAUUGUUGUUCAGGCCUUCUUGAGGAUGAAGAAGGUGCGACUGAAUCCCAGCUGCAUGUUUGUGCAUCAGAAUGUUGGAGACAUCACAGCGGGCGAGAAGAACAUGGUAGGGAAAAGGCGCUUGCAGGAGAAACUAGAUGAGAUGACUCAACUAGCUGCUAAAGAAGAGGUCUGUGGUGCAGAAUGUUUCAGUGACGUCAUUGGAUUUGAUAUAAAGACUGAUGUGAGGUACUUUGCCCAACUCUGGGAAGGCAGCCCACCAAUGGCUCCACCCAAUCCAGGUUACAGUGAAAAUGUGCAGGAGCUUAAGAACACAAUCCUAUCCCGUGCCUCACAAUAUAAUUGUGUGACACUGACACAAUUCAAAGAUCGUAUUGGAGACCUGUGGAACGCUCUUCUGAAUGAAAACUUUGUUUUCAGUUUUAAGAAUACUUUGGAAAUUGCAACAUACAGAAAAUUAGAAGAGGAGUAUGCAAAGUGGACCUGGAGUCUCAGAAGUGCCAUGCUGGAGAUUGAAGAUAAAUUGCACAACAGAAUCAAUAACAAGCAACUACAUAAAGUUGAGAGUAGAGACUUGGAAAAGGAGAUGGCAGAGACCAAUGAAGAGGUGAAACAGUCCAUGAAGCUUUACUUUGAAGAACACAAAGAAAAGGAGAUGCUGAUUCAGUGGAAAUUGAAAUUUCAAGAGAAAAUCAACCACCUUCAUUGGGAGCUUGUGAGAGAUGCAAAAAGAAAACUAGAGAACAUUAUCUAUCAAAAGAAAGCUCUCACCAAACUGGAUGGAGAGAAAACUCUGCUUGAGCGAAAACUCCUUGAGAAAAGCAAAGAGUUUGCAUUCAGACUCAAACAAAAAGGUCUUGAUGAGAAUGAGCUGAAGGCACAAUUUGAUACAGUGUGGGAAAUGUGGGUCUCUGAGUUGGCAGGGAAUGUUCAACCUUUUGAAGAACUUAACGUAGUAAGUGACAUUAUUACAAUAAUAUCAGAAAUUCAUGAAAAAGCGCUUGUGCUUGACAGAUUAAAUAAAUUUGAACGCAUACAUCAAAUCACUGAUUUCACCAUAUAUGUAAAUCUCAUCGGAAAAUUCUGGAAAAACAGACUGUUUGGCCUUCCACCAGAAGAACAAGAGUCAAUAAAACAAUUGGUGUACACUAUUGGUCGUGAAACUGUGAACCAGGUGAAGUCAAAAUCAGUUGCAAACACAGGCUACAACCCAAGCUACAUUCAAGAAAUUGCACAACUUGUAAAAAUGAAUGUAGGAAACCACAAGUGCAAAAAAGCACAAUAUGAAUUCAAGAAAGAGUUCACAGUUGAUCUGACGAUCAGUGCUUGUAAGUGGGCAGGUGAGAAGUUUGCAGAGCUCCAUCAGGUGUUCAGAAACAACAAUGAUCCUUCGAUUUAUUUAGAAAGAAAGAAACCUGAAUACUACAGUGUGUUCCGGGGAUUCUGCAAAGGAGCGAAAUCUGCUGCAAUAUUUGGAGCUUUGAUUUGUAGUGAGCUGAAAAACCCGAUUCUCCAGAGUGCCUACAACAAGGCUGCAAAUGAUCUAGCAGGAGAGAUGCGAACAAAUAUUCCAGCAUUCAAAGGCAACAGGUCAAACCUGGAGAAACACAUUCUGAAAGCACUAGCAGAUGAGGAAGAUUUUAAAAAGUUCAUUCAGUAUAUACAUUUACCAAGGAACCACUUUGAAGAUUUCAUCAAAGCUGAAGUGAAAGCAUAUUUAACAGGGGAGAACUCCCCAGCUCUUGCAAUGAUUAAUGGGAACAUCAAGAACAAGGGGCAAUGCGUCAUCACGGCUGCUGAAAAAGCAACAACUGAAGUCUCUAGGGAACAUGGAGAUGCCAAUAUGUGGCUGGAGAUAUUCUCAGAGUGUCUGAAAGACGAGCUUGAAUACAGUAAAGAACAUCUCACUGGUAUCUGCUGUGAGGACAUCACUAACUUUGAACUUCUAAAUGAGGUUGUGAAAGAAGAACUUCAGCCCAUCACAGAAGAGUCAAACAAAUACUUAAAAAAACCCUCUGAUAUUGAAAUGAAAAUGUUCAGGGAACCACCAGAUGAGAUUUUGAUUGAACACUUCUGCCAAUGCUGCUGGGUUCAGUGUCCCUUCUGUGGUGUCGUCUGUGUUAACACAAUGGAGGACCAUCUUGGAGAUCACAUUGCUCCCUUCCAUCGUAACUGUGGGAUGAGAGGGAUGAUUUACAGAGGUACAGAUAAUCUUUGCUUGGAGUUCUGCACAUCUUCAGUGGCAAGUGACAGCCAAUCCUUUUACCCAACAUCUGAUUCAGAUGAGACAGUUUUAUGGAAGGAGUAUAGAACAGCAGGUCCGGAUUUUGAGAAAUGGAGCAUCACGCCUGAUGUCUCAGAGCUGCCAUUCUGGAAGUGGUUUGUGUGUCGAUUCCAGAAUGAUUUGGAAAAGCAUUACAACAAAACUUUCAGUGGUUAUGGUAAGAUUCCAAAUGAAUGGAGAUCAUUCACAAAAAAUCAAGCUUUGGAGAGUUUGGAGAAAUACCUGUAAGUCUAAUUGCUGCCUUAAAUUUUUAAAGUGGAACCAAAGUGUCCUGUAAGACCUAGAGUUUAUUUCCAAUAAGCUGUUCUCACCACUUUCUAAAGGCCUUUUUAUGAAAAGAUGUCAUUAUAAUUAAAUUUAUGUCAGAUUUUUAAUUAUUUUAUAUAGAAAUGAUUAUGUGUACCAUUGGUUUCCUUUUAUGUUCAGGGUUUUUGAUUGGUAUUUUAAUUGUUUUAAUUACAUAAUUUGAAAAAAGUUUUUAAGUCUACUUUUUGUAACUGAAGUUUUUAGUAAAUUUACCAUCAUAUUCUUAGGAUCCCAAUAAAAUUAUACUGUACUUUUUACAAAAAUAAUUUUAAUAAAACAGUUUUUUUUUCCCCUUGA